CCUCCCGACUGGACUAGUGUGUGCUAGGGACUGGAAAGUCCGGAGUUAGAAGAAAUGCUUUGCCAAACGCUUUUGCGGGACAUACAACACGCAUUACACAUCCAUCUAGUCAAAAUUGCUACUUCGCCUAGCAAGCGGACCCUUGAUCUCCUGCUGGAUUAUGGAGACCAUACACAUCUUCCUGAGAAUGUUCUCUACGUCCUGCCACGAGCGGGCAAAGCCACGGACAUCGCCACCAUUUGCAACCUUGGAAAGGGGGUCGCGUAUGUCGUUCGAAUGAAAGAUGGAUCGGAAUUCGACUCCACUCUCGUGUCAAUCCAACUCACUUUGCCUCGGGAAGACACGAUCUUCAGGCAUCAUCCCCCAAGCCCGCUGCCCGAGCACCUCGCUGAUGCUAAUCAAUCUCUUGGCCUUGCCCUGGCUCCGGACGAAAUUGAUUAUCUUAUAAACGCUUACGUCUCGGGACCUUCUCCGAUCGGUAGAAACCCCACCGAUGCUGAGCUCUUUAUGUUCGCUCAGAUCUUUAACGCUUCUUGGACAAUAGAUGGCGUUGUUUGCAACAACUCGCUUUUCCACAUGAUACGGAACACAGAAGAAAUAUCGCCUACAGGUACUAUAUCUGCCUACUCCGAUAACGCUGCUGUAUUCGAGGGCUCGACUGUGCCAAGGUUCGGUGUCCUGAGUAACCCAGGAAACGCUGAGCAAUCAAAUCCGAUCCUGAUAAAGGUCGAGACGCACAACCAUCCUACGGCAGUAUCGCCCUAUCCAGGUGCAGCCACCGGUUCGGGAGGUGAAAUUCGCGACGAGGGUGCAGCUGGAUUAGCCGGCUUCACAGUUUCUAAUUUGCUCAUCCCGGACUAUGGCCGUCCAUCGCAUAUCGCGUCCGCUCUGGAGAUCAUGCUCGACGGUCCCCUCGGUGCCAGUGCAUUCAAUAACGAGUUCGGUCGUCCAGCACUUGCAGGUUACUUCCCAUCAGAUGACGGUUCGAAAAGUGAGGUUCGCGGGUAUCACAAACCCAUUAUGAUUGCAGGUGGCUAUGGGAACAAGUCCCAAAUUACACCAGGAGCAAAAGUCAUCGUUCUGGGUGGUCCUGGCAUGCUGAUCGGCCUGGGAGGUGGAGCUGCGUCAAGUCAAAUUUCAGGCGCAGGCUCUGCCGAACUUGAUUUCGCAUCGGUGCAACGUGACAAUGCAGAAAUGCAACGCCGGUGUCAACAAGUUAUUGACGCAUGCGCUAAUCUUGAAGAAGGGAACCCAAUCCAAAGUAUUCAUGACGUGGGGGCAGGUGGCUUGUCCAAUGCUCUGCCAGAGCUGGUGCAUGACUCUGGGCUUGGGGCGACGUUCGAGAUUCGAGACAUCCUGGUUGCGGAUUCCUCCAUGUCGCCUAUGGAAAUCUGGUGUAAUGAAAGCCAGGAGCGUUAUGUGCUCGCUGUCUCCGCGGAAAAGGCUGAUGAAUUUGGGGAAAUCGCGAAGCGGGAAAGGUGUCCAUUCUCGGUGGUCGGUCAGGCCACCGAAGCGCAGGCACUGGUCGUUACCGAUCGACUUCUUGGUAAAGAUGUCAUUCGCUUGAACAUGUCCACGCUUUUUGGAAAACCCCCUCGCAUGACUCGGGAGGACAAAACCCGUAGAGUCUUGUUCAGAACUUUCGACGCUUCCUUGAAGGCAUACCUUCCCAAUGUCCCAAAUCCCCUGGAUAUCGCAGUCGACCGUGUUCUUCGUCUACCCUCUGUUGGAUCCAAGUCAUUCUUGAUCACUAUUGGAGACAGGACGAUCACGGGACUCGUGACUCGUGAUCAGAUGGUGGGACCCUGGCAAGUUCCCGUAGCCGAUGUCGCAGUGACACGUUCAUCGUACGGAUUUGACAUCGUAGCUGGUGAAGCCAUGGCCAUGGGCGAACGGACUCCUGUUGCUUUACUCGACCCGUCUGCCUCUGCGCGGAUGGCUAUUGGCGAAUCGCUCACCAAUCUUGCAGCGGCGUCUGUUGCAGACCUUUCCCUUGUUAAACUUAGUGCGAACUGGAUGUGCGCGGCUUCCAAAACAGGGGAGGGUGCUGCCCUAUAUGCUGCUGUUAGCUCUGUCGGUAUGGACUUAUGUCCUGCUCUUGGAAUUGGGAUACCGGUUGGAAAGGACUCUAUGUCGAUGUCAAUGAGAUGGGAGGAGGGUUCUGAGCAGCGUGGAAUCAGUGCACCACUGUCUCUGAUCGUCACAGCGUUUGCUCCUGUUGAUGAUGUUCAGGUGACAUGGACGCCGGAGCUCCGCACCGAUCUCGCGGAGCCUACGAGGCUGAUAUUCUUUGACUUAGUCCGGGGGAAGACGCGUUUGGGCGGAUCAGCAUUGGCUCAGGUCUUCAAGGAGAUCGGUUUCGAGGCUCCCAACCUCGACGACCCUCUUCUUCUGAAGUCAUUCUUCUUGGGAUGUCAACAAGCAAGGAAAGAAGGUCUAGUGCUCGCCUACCACGAUCGGUCUGAUGGUGGUCUCUUUACCACUCUUGUGGAGAUGUGCUUCGCAGGUCGCGUUGGAGCGGAAAUUUCAUUGGAAAGUCUCCAACCUGGCGAUCCUAUUUCCAUUCUCUUCAAUGAGGAGCUCGGUGCCGUAGUCCAAAUUGGCGAGUCAGCAGUGGACCGCCUGAAGGCGAUCUUUGCGGGUGCAUCUUUUGACACAAGUCUAAUGCACGUUAUUGGUCGGGUCUGCAGAGAUCCUGGUGAUCAGGCCAUUACUAUAACGUGCAAUUCCAAAACGCUUUUCUCCCGUAGAAGAGCAGAACUUCAAGCAGCGAUGCAGAGCCUCCGCGAUAACCCCACCGCUGCACGGGAAGAAUUUGACCUGAUCAGAGAUGAGAGCUAUAAGGGGCUGUACUACGACCUCACUUUCUCUUACAUCCCAUCACCGUCGCGCAACCUGAUCGAUCGCCCCAAGGUUGCUAUCCUUCGGGAACAGGGUGUAAAUGGACACGUUGAAAUGGCCUGGGCGUUCUCCGCAGCUGGUUUCGAAGCCGUCGACGUACACAUGUCUGACAUCCUUAGCGGGCGAACGACUUUGGCGGAGUUCCGUGGUCUUGCGGCGUGCGGAGGCUUUUCUUAUGGGGAUGUCCUUGGGGCUGGAAAAGGGUGGGCAAAUUCCGUCCGGCUAAACGGUACGGCCCAGGAAGAGUUUUCUCGAUUUUUCAAGGGUGAAAGCACAUUUGUGCUUGGGGUGUGCAACGGCUGCCAGUUCCUCAGUAAUCUCAAGGAAAUGAUACCUGGAGCGCAGGACUGGCCUACAUUCAAACAAAACGCUAGCGAGAGGUUCGAAGCGAGAGUCGCCACUGUCGAGGUGACCGAUAGCGCUGCUUCGCGGCGCUCUGUGUUCCUGCGUGACAUGAUUGGAUCGAGACUCCCAGUAGCCGUUGCUCAUGGCGAAGGGCGGGCUUCCUUCAACGACAUCGGCCAACAACAGACCGUGCAAAUGAAUGGCCUUGCCGCUGUUCGCUACGUUGACUCUGCCGGGUUAGCAACGGAACGAUAUCCUCUUAAUCCAAACGGAAGUCCUGCUGGCAUAACCGGGAUACAGACUCCAGAUGGUAGAAAUAAUAGUUGGUUCCCUCCGUCCCUCACUACAUCCUGGCAAGGCGCUGGCCCUUGGUUCAGGAUGUUCCAAAGCGCGCGGGCCUGGGUAGGCUGAUGACUCGCAUCACGUCUCGCUCUGAAGCCCACAUCCUCUGAUGGUGACCAAUGGUUCUUUGGAUGUUAUAGAUUGUAUAGAGCGUAGAUUGUCUGUAGUAGGAAACUAUUACUCAAUUAUAUCCCGUCACGGUUCUUCGUC